AUGGCAAAAAAUAAAUUUCUCCUUAACUAUUAUUACCAGCAGGAACUAAAACGUCAAAAAAGCACUCUUAAUUUAAUUGCCAGUGAAAAUUAUCCUUCUCAGAAAGUUUUAUUUUAUAGUGGUUCGUUAUUAAUGAGUAAGUACUCCGAGGGUUAUCCUAAUAGUCGCUAUUAUCAAGGCUGCAAGUAUAUUGAUAAAAUCGAAAAUUUAGCAAUAGAACUAGCCCAAAAAUUAUUUGGUGCUGAGUAUGCUAACGUUCAACCUCACUCAGGAGCCCAAGCUAACCAGGCGGUUUAUUUAGCCCUUUUAAAGCCAGGAGACAAAAUAUUAAGUUUAAAUCUUUUAUCUGGUGGACAUUUGACCCAUGGAGCAAAAAUUAAUUUUUCAGGAAUUUUUUACCAAGUUCAUUAUUAUAACUUAAACCAGCAUACACAAAAAUUAGACUACCAAAAAAUUAAAGAAAUCGCCCAAGCGGUUCAGCCAAAAUUAAUUAUUGCCGGUUACAGCAGUUAUAGUUUAAAGAUAAAUUUCGCCAAAUUUCGAGAAAUUGCCGACCAAGUAGGUGCUUAUUUGCUGGCUGAUAUCGCUCAUGUAGCAGGGUUGGUAGCGACUGGCUUAUUUCCUAAUCCAGUUCCUUAUGCGGACGUAAUUACUUUCACUACUCAUAAAACUUUGCGGGGGCCGCGAGGAGGAGCAGUUUUAGCCAAAAAAGAUUUAGGAAAAUUAAUUGACCGAGCCGUUUUUCCUGGUAACCAAGGUGGUUCGAACCAAGCCAUUAUUGCUGCCAAAACUCAAUGCUUUCGAGAAGCACUGCAACCCAGAUUUAAAAAAUAUCAAAAAGCGGUCUUAGAGAACGCAAAAGUCAUGGCAGACUAUUUUUUAACAAAAGGAAUAAAAUUAAUUAGCAAUGGAACUGAAACCCAUUUAUUAAUUCUUGACACUAAAAGUAGUUAUAAUUUAACUGGAAAAGAAUCCGCCGAAGUAUUAGAAAAAGUGGGGAUUGUUUGUAACAAGCAAAUGAUACCAUAUGACACUGAAAAGCCUUUGGUUAGUAGUGGCAUUAGGUUGGGUUCACCGGCUUUAACAACCCGCGGAUUGAAAAAAGAGGAGUUUUUUGAGAUAGCGAAAAUGAUUGACUUAAUUUUGCGAAAUUAUAAAGAUAAAAAAAAUAAUAAAAAAUGUGAAAAACAAAAAGAGAAUUAUCCUAAAAAUGGAGUAAGCAAAGAUGAAAAAAUUAAUAAUGGCGAAGGAUCAUUAAAGUUAGAAGACUUUACUAACUUGGAAGAACUACAUGCACCUGACUCUGGAUUGACUAAUUUAGAUUUAAGUAAUUGUCCUAAUUUAACCAGACUUAACGUUGCUAACAAUAAUUUUACUAGGUUAACUAUUUUAGGUAUGCAAAAUUGUCCCUUGCAUGGAAGUUUAGAACCUUUGCAAGGCAUAAACAAAUUGCAAAGAAUUAAUAUUAGUAAUACUGAUAUUGAUUCUGGUCUAGAAUACUUACCCGAGAGUGUUGAGAAAGUUUAUUGUGAUAGCACAGUUUACCCCAAUCCUCAGAAACUCGAAAAAAGACCUAUUGAUUUAUAUUUUAGUAGGUAUAACGAAGGCUUAUUUACAGGGAAAUAUCUAAAUGCCGUUGGCUUAUCGAGUUGGAGGGAGAAGAUAGUGAAUGGUGAAAAAGUAAUAGAUUAUUCUGGUUUUUGUCUUUAUAUUCGUAAUGACCGCCAUUGCAUAGCAAAGUCUUUUGAAGUCAAGGAAUUAACUACAUUAUUCAUGCCGUUCCUCGACCUAGAAGCAGUUGUGCCAGCGAUGAAGA